CUGCAGACUCGCGACUCAAUCCCACGUGCUCUAUUCAAGAAGCGAGAAGGUGCCAUGACGGGGCUAACGACACUCCAUCAGUGAACACGUGAGCGCCGUCAGGAGGGAGCGAUCGGCAUGUCCAACUUCCUCCCUCCCAGCCCCAAGAGAGAAUAUGCUAGACAUGCUGUGGAUGAAAUUCAGCGCCGCUCGCUGGAGUCCUUCAGGAUGCCAUCCUCUUUCUUCGAUACCAGACAAACUUUCGAUCAGCCCAAAGCCUCCAUGGCUGACGCGGGGAAGCCGGUCGUCAAGAAGAGCGCUCUUAGAGAGUCGCUGGAUCAGAUCGACGAUCGAAUGAAGAGGGUGGAAACUGAAUUCUUCAGCAGCCGGGUGGCAUCUGAGCUGCUAGAAGUCGAUCGAAGCUUCGUGCACGAGAGGAUCAGACACCAGGUGGAGCAAGUGUGCGAACACGGAAAGCUGAAGCUUGACGCGACAAGCAAAAGGCUGGUGAGCUCAACUUCAGGAAGAGGAGGAGGACUGCUGAUCUUCAUGGAUUUCCAACAGAAUCCUUGCAUCGAAACGCUCCAAAGCCAAAAUCAUUCGAUCGCUCAGGCACUUAAAGAAUUGAGCGAUGUUGGAAAGAUCCUCAACCAAGACAGUGACGUUUGAGAGCUUCGAGAUGCGGGUGGGAAACAAGCCAAGGUAGAAGCAGAACAAUAACGAGCUAGAAGCUGAUAAGUAUUCCAAGUUUCUGAGUCGAUUGUUUCUAUUGAUUGUUUCCUAUUCAUAUCAAAGUUGAGUUGGAGGU